AUGAGGGAUAUGAAAGUGAUAGCAGUGAUAAAUCUAUCUCUACUCCCCCACCUCCUCCCAAUCUUAACAACAAUAAUCAUCUCCAAAAACUAACGGCUGAAAAUGAUAAUUUAAAAGAGCAAAAAAAAGAACCGAUAAAUAAAGAAUUAGAACAAGCCCUCCAAGAGGCUAACCGUAAAAUCAGAGAGCAAUCCAAAAUUAUUGAAGAGUUGAAAAUUAAAGAAAGUCCAUUAAAAGCCACCCACGACCAAGCCACUCAAACUAAACCCCAAAAAUAUUAUUUCUUCACCUGUGAUAUCUGUGAGCAAAAUAAAAAAAGCAAAUUACACCGAGAAAGAGUAAACGGACUAGGCAUUGACCCCACUAAGAUUAAUAAAAUCUGUAGUAGCCAUUAUGAACCCGAAGAAGGAGUAUUUUACGGCAAAUUCUUUGGUCAAGCCACCACCGACAUUAUCCGAAACUCUCAACAGCAAGAAAUUAUCAUUUUUGUUCACAAAACCUUAAAAGAUAAAAACCUCUUCAAACAAGAAAGCAAAGUAGAACACAGCAAAGAAAACCAAAAAAUUAAGGCAACUCCUCAAUCUACCGACUUCAUUAAUAUUCCCUACACCCAAGGAGAAGACAUGGUCUCUGAUACUUAUGGCCGAGCCCAAUUAUUAAAACAGCAAAAAAAGGAAUUAAAAACUAUUGAAAGAGAAAUUACCAAAGGAAGAAGAAUAAGUAAUGAGGAUGGAAGUAUUCAAUAUAAAGAUACUUAUGACAAAACUGAAAGUUGA